AAAAAAUAAGUAUAUUUAUUACAUAAAAUCUAUUUACAGCAAGACUUAAUUUUUUUUUUUUAAGUCAGAAAUUAGGCUCAGUAGGUUCUAUGGUAUAACUUUGUGUUUGUGUCCUAAGCCAAGAACUCCAUUCGCUGUCAACUUUUCGGCUUAAAGUUACUUCUUGGAAUACUUCACUUUCAUUCUCCUUAAAAAGAAAGAAGUUUUUUAUAAUCAUGGAAUAUAGUUUGCAGACGUUCUACAAACAUGCAGAUUAUUUUUCUAUAUAACUGAGAUGAGAACCGUCUUAUGAUGUAUGUAAAUAAAGUAUCAUUCACAUGUGAAGUUACUUACUUUAACAAAAUUAAACUUUCCAAAAAGAUUAAUGCUUGUUUUAUUGUCAGACGAAAUUACUGCAAGGUAUUUAUUUACACCAAUAUUCUCAACACCUGUAAUUGAUAAAAAGUUUAAUUCUGUAAAAAUGGAAUAUUAAUUAAUGGUAAUAGGUAAAACAGUACAGAUCUAAACUAUACGCAAUUAAGUUUUCCUUAAUAUUGCUUGAAUCUCAAUAAAUAGAAAAAAUCAGAUUUUAUCUGAUUUUUCUGAUUAUAUCUGAUAAAUAUCGCAUCAAUUUGUAGUUCACUUUUUUAGAUUUGAUAGAUCACUACAACCCAUGAAGGGUCAUGGGUUUACUAAUCUGUAAGGAAAUACUGUUUCAAAGCAAACGGUUGUGCAGGGAGGUGAUAGGGCCUUACACAUACAAAUAAUUAACUUUAAUUGAAACACCAAUUUAUCUAAAAGACAAAUUUUUAGUAAGAGUUGGACGGCAUAAGGACCAACUUUUCCCCCAUUUAAUGGAUUUCUUUACAGCAAGAGCUUAUAUUUUAGUCAAAUUUAAACUAACAACAAUAUCCACAAUGUCAAUCAAACAUAUAAUCCUCUAUUUGAAGUUUGGAGGAUUUUUUAAAAAUAUUCUUUGAAAAGUAAAGCAAAGGAUUUCCUGAGAUCCAGUUUGAAGGAAAAAGUAAGUUUAAAAACAAUUCUUAAACUAUCGGAGACAAUAAUCCGUCAAUGUUAAAUGACAGCAAUAUAGAGUAUAGUAAUGUUCUCAACAAUUUCUAUACUUUAAGAAAACCAUAAUAUCCGUAAGGACCAAUAACACAUGUUGUCAGGACAGUAUAUAAAACUUAGUAAAUUAAUCUUACAAAAAAUUAAUAAAAACAAAAUUUAAUACUUAAGACAAACAGGCUGCAACAAAUAUCAAUUUAAUGUGCUUAAUAUAAAUAUAAAUUGUCAAUUUUAUUUUAGAAAGAACUAGUAGGCGAGUGUGAAAAAUUCGCAAAGCUUAUUAUUAAGUGAUUAAAUGCCAAAUUAAUAAGAAAAUAAUGCAAUGUAUCAGAAGAUAAAGAAAGCAAUGGUUACUUUCUCGAUAAAUAUAAUCCAAAAGGAAACAAAAAUUAAUUUAAAACUGCAUUAAUGCUUGGAACCAACAUGUUUACAAAUUUCAAUAAGCUAUACCAUUGCUAAAAAUUGUGCGAUUUCAAUGAUGUGUAAUUUUUGAGUUAUUCGCAGUUUUUUUUUUUUUCAUAACUUUUUGCCUGAAUUUUCGGCAAAGUUUUUGGACUAUUUUGUCUGCCUCAAGGAGAAGGAAGCCUUCAAAAUUGGUAGCUCAAUCUUGGGAUUUGGUGAAGAAUUAUCAUGAUGUGCAAUGACAGUACUACAAUUAACAUAAGGUUGUGUGGAUGCGAACCCUUUGCUUUGUGUUAUCUCGAAAAUAGUAUGUUUUAGGGCUAAAGAACGCAGGGCCUACUGCAUUCUUAAGCCCUCUGCUGUACGCAUCAAAAUCUUCAAAGCCCAAUCUGUCCUGUAUCAAUCUACAGACUUAGCACCAUUCCAGUAUUGAAGCCUAGCAAAAUGUUUUUAUUGACUUCAUUUAUUUUAGAAAGAAAAACAAAAGCAGAGAGUAGGAUUCGCUAACUCCUCCUCCCUCCCCGUGAUAUUCUGAUUUUGGUAUUUCCCAUUCAUUCAUUCAUGGUAUUUGAACAUGAUAGGAGCUUAUAUUUGAUAAAAAACCGAUCUCGAGCCUUACUGUAAAAUAAUAUAUGUGGGGAUGAGCAAUGAUGCUCAUACUGUCAAUUAUCAAUCAAUCAAUUAAAACUAGACUUUAAAGCAUUAAAAAUAAUUGAUGGCUUACCAUAUCUUAAAAUAAAAAGAGCUGCUUCAGAUCCUCUACCACAUGAACGGAAGGAUGGUUCAGCAAUCAUAAGACCGAUUUCACCAAUUACAUUUUCACCAUCUUUUCGUAUAUAUAAAUUAGCAUCUCCAAUCAUAGAUACUGUGUGGGAAAAAGCUAUAUCUUAACGAUUUCUCUGAAAUUAACUACAAUCUCAUGGUGUAUUGAAAUAAAGCAAAUUUGUUGUGAAAAAAAAGCUGUAAAAAUAAUUUUGUUACCUAUUUCAUUGUUACUCUCCUCCAUGAGCUUUUUAUCCAGCACAAUAAAUGUACAUUCUGGCAAAAAAAAAAAUAUCAAUAUUAAGAAAUUCACAUUAUCCUUAAGCUAUUUAUUGAGCUAAAGCAUGGAAUAUACUUUCAUUUAACAGAAAAAUUCAUUUUCAAUGUAAGCAGUUAGGGAGUUUUCUAUCAAAAGUGUAUCUCCGCUUUUCUUUGCCCCAAGAGUAAAACAAAUUUCUUUACCAUUUCAAGAUGUACAGCUUCCAUGAAACAAUCAUGUUUUCAUUUACUGAUCUAUGGGAAAAUAACUUUUGUUAUGGAAGCAAAGCUAGCAUGAAGAAGUGCUCUGAGAAACUACCAGGCAUAAUUAAAGAAGAUGAUAACUUAUGGUAGAAAGCUCCUCAACUAUAAAUGGACUUAAUUAUUAGUAAUACGUUUGUCGAUUUUUAAUGCUGUUUUCAGAUUCCUUUAUUUCCUAAACUUUUUUUUCUUUUAAGCACUCAAUUUUAUAUAAUUUUUGUUAACAAUUUAACUAAAGUGUUUCCGACUGAGCACAUUUUGUAGAGUUCCUGAAAAAGUGAAAAUUGGACACAGUAAACUAUUAUGACAGGCAUUAUUUAUAUUGGUAGAAACACUACUCUUCUAAUAGCUUCAGAUACCAUAUUCUUAAUUAUUGCUAGUUUUUCUUUUUAAUAAUGAACAAAAUGGUCACCAUGACAAAGUAACCUUAUUUAUUCAUCUCAUUGUGAGGAUAAUAUAGUUAAGACUUUCAAAUGUUCCUAGAUGAACAAUAUUUUUGGAUUUAAUCAUAUCUUGGAUAGAACUCAAAAGCUGUCCUCACUCAACCACACAAUUAUUGCUCUAUUGCUGUUAGCUCACUCUUCCUUAUCUUUAUUACAAAAGCUUCAUUGAUUUUCUGAAAAAUAAAAAUUUCCACAAAAACCAAGGAGAAUAAGCUUUCAGAAUAUCAUGAUACUGAUUGACACAUUAUUUAUUGUUUGGAGGUGGAACAAGAUCACAUUGUGAUAUGACUUCCAGCUUUAACUGAAAAGGUUCUAUUAAGGGUUUUCUCAUCUCUUUCCCUAGCACAACCCAUCUGUAGCUAUGGUUGUUAGUAGUGGGUUACUUUAUUGUUAAUAUAAAUGUAAUAAUAAAUAAAAAAGUAAGGAACUGAAUAACAUGGUAAAUUUAUGCUAAAGCUCAGGAGGAUCUUUUAAACCUAUAGCUACGGACACUAAAAAAUUAGGCAGGAUUAUAUUAAGAUUAAAUGAAAUAAGUAACCAAUAAACUUAUAAGCAAAUCAAUGUCAACUGUUUAAUUUGGCAACAUACAAAAUUCUUCAUAUUUUUAAUUCAAAAAUGAUAAUAAAAGAAAUUUUUCAUCAACUUAUAAUUUUUGUUUUAAUGAAUAUUCAAUAUAAAAUUAAGAACAAAUUUUAUAUUGACAUGUGGGUCAUCCUCAGGGCUAUCCUAUGGAAGUGGGGAAAAGAACUCUUAGGGAUAACCCACAUUUUUGGGUCUUGACGUCAAUUAGACCACUUACCCUUCUGAAAAGUAUAAAAUUAACUUAAUGCAAUUAUGCUCAAAACAUUGUUUUGGUCAAUAUUGUUUGGAAUUUUUCAAGCAUUUAAAGUACUAACUUUCUUCAUCAUUUAGCCAUGUUUGUUGCAUUUCAUACUCUUCUUCAAGAGAUAAUCGCUCUGAAGCUGUCUGCUUUCGCAAUUCUUCUGACUCCAUCCAAUCAUGAUACCUAGAAAAAUUGAGAAUUUGAUCUUCAUAUGCCUUUUAUUGGUGUAUUCUCAAAAUGUGAUCAAAUUAUACUUUUCGACGUGUUUUUUCCUGUAAGGAACUAAAAUUAUUUUGGUUCCAAUUAUUUGGAUUUCACUAUUCAACUUCAUAAUGUAAGACUUCGACUAAAAAAUUUAUUUUCCUCUUAGAAUGUAUAUACGACUGAUUACAUAUUAAACAGGUUAUGUUUAUCUUCCAAUGAGCUGUAAGUAGGUUUCUUAACACAGUAACAACAUGGAUAAAUUUCACAGCGAAAAAUAUUGUUAAACUUCUAUUAUACAAGCAGAAUCCUAUAAUCGUGGGAAAAAUAAAACUUCCUAGUAACCGUGGGAUUGGAAAUAAACAAAGCCCCUUGGCAACCCAUGAGUCUUAUUUUUAACAUUAAAAAAUGCCGAUUCUAAUCAAAGAUUAUUCUUGGAGACAGACGAACCAUUUGGUAAUUGUGCGAGUUCCUCUUCGUAAUAUUCCAUACAAGAAAGUUGACUUGUUUCAUUCAGAUCUUUAUAUAAAGGUACAUUUUCCUCCCUUUCUAUUUGAAUGUUGCCUUUAUGAACCUAUAAAUGAAGAUGAGAGCAAAUGUACAAUCGUUGAAGGAGAAGCCGUAUUUGAACUUGCCAAAAAUGAGGAAAAGGUUUGGCCCACCCUUAACAAAGAAGUCACUAAACAAGAGAUGGUCCAAAUAAAGAAAGAAGCCAUCGAGCAUGCACAAAAAAGGACUAAAGAACUCAUUGAGAAAAAGAAAGAUAAAAGAAAAGAGAGAAGGGAUGCUUGUAUCGGGCAACAAAUCGCCAUAGAUACAAAAUCUCGUGAAAUUAUUCAAGACAAAAAAGAUAGUGAAAAGAGAAUAGCAUUCGGAGAUGUUAUGGAUUGGAAAGAAAAAGAAACUGAUAAAGAUUUUCUUCCUUCCCCACUGGAAAGAGCAACUGCAUUAAUAAAGUCUCUAAAAGAUAAGAAUGAAAAGGGAAAAUCAAACCAAAACGAUAUAAUUUCAAAUGGAAUUAAUAAAUCUGAAGAGGAUGAAAAUAGUACAGAUGAAGAAAGCAAAAAUGAAUCUGAACCAGACAAAUCUAAAGAAAUAUGGAAAAAUGAUGAAGUUUGCUGUAGGAAGAUACCUAAAGAAGAAAAAUGGCUGGUAAAACAGAAAGAAGCACGAAGAAAAACUGGUUUUAUGGCCGAAGAUCUAAGACCUGAAGAAAAUGACCCUAUUUGGCUCCUGGAGAAGGGAAAGGGAAGAGCUCUGCUUCAACUAGGCAAGCCUCAAUCCGCCUUGACUGACUUUGAGGAUGCUCUCGAGAUCCACCCUUAUCGGAACGACAUCCACAACCUGAUGGAUCGUGCGGAAGCUGACAUUGAAGCAGAAAAAGCCGAAGAAAAUGCCCCCGAACCACCAAAAGAAUCACAGGAAGAUAGGCAUAGUUAUUGGAAACGGUCAAAAAGUUACCGUAAAAGGAGGUGGAAUAACAUCCAGUUCCCGUAUCCUCGCGUUAGACCGUUCCCGCGAUUGUGGGCCGACCUUCGGGAUAGAGACCAGCUCUGCGAUUGCACCGUGGAAAGCAAAGAUGGAAAAAUUUACAGAUGGGAUCUAGCAAAAGCUAGCGAGACUAUACGAGCCAACUAUAGGAGAAAUGAGGAAAGAGACGGCCUAGAACGACUUGGGAACAUAAAAGGCCACCGACUUAUUUUCGCCACCGCGGGAGAAUACUUUCAAGCUGCAUUCACAAAUCCGUUGUCCAAAUCUCAUAAGCACAUCAUGCUGCCAUUUUCUUCAUCCGUCGUGGACGCCAUUAUGGAGUUUGCGUACACCGGUAACGUUAAACUCACCGUCGAGAACGUAGAAGAGCUCUUACCUGCCGCUGAUCACCUAGGAAUGGUGGGGCUGAUAGAUCUUUGUUCUCAAUAUCUGCACAAACAGAUUUCGCCUCAUAUACUUCAACUAGCACACAAUGCCAUAAAGAAUCGCAUGGAAAACGAUAAUUGCCUGGUUGAGACUAGUCACUCUUACAUGUCCAGGCCCAGAGUGCCUUACUCAAUAUUGUUCGCGGCUGGUGGGUGGAGUUCUGGAGCUCCGACAAAUCUUUUAGAAACAUAUGAUAUCAGGUCCUACCACGGCCUGGUCUCUGUUAACAACAUCCUCUACAUCAUCGGAGGCUUCGACGGCAGCGUGCACUUCAGCACUGUCAGGUCCUUCAAUCCUAUGACGAAGCAGUGGAAGGACCGGGCUUGCAUGAACUAUCCUAGGUGCUACGUCUCCUGUAUUGAGUUGGGUGGGGAAAUAUACGCUAUCGGCGGUUAUAAUGGAAGGUCUAGAAUGAGUUCGGUUGAAAAAUAUAACGUAGUUUUGAACCAAUGGGAUAUGAUUCAACCGAUGGCCAAACAAAGGUCAGAUGCGGGAGCUGUUGCCGUCGAUAACAAGAUAUAUGUUGCCGGAGGUUUUAAUGGCCAAGACGUUCUGACAUCAGUAGAAAUGUAUGAUUUGGCAACAAAACAGUGGACAUUGAUAGCGAACUUGAGAACCCCACGAAGUGGUGUUUCACUCUGCUUCUUCAGGGGAUAUGUUUAUGCUAUUGGUGGAUUCAGUGGAUACCAACGCAAUUCUACCACAUCAUUGACUGAAAUGUAUGAUGGCCAAAAAUGGUUUCCUGCAUGCCCGAUGAACAUGAACCGAUCAGCGCUGGCAGUCUGCGUUUGCCACGGUCUUCCUAAUUCGAUUGACUACUGUCUACUCCAUAAAAUGAUAGGAGAAAGAAUAAGCGCGAUGGGAUGAAACGAACUCUUUCCAGCACCGAUGUCUGAUGUAAAUUAAUGCCGCAGUUUUAUGCAGCAUUGCUGAAUUUAAUUUGGUGUAAAAAUGUAACUAAAACACUGUAAAGUGAAUGGAUUGACAAAGGAACGAGGAAAGUGAAUAAAACGAAAAACGAUACCAUAAAAGUAAUAAAAAAAAAACAUGUAACAG